AGCGAAAAACGCGCUGAGAACUCGCUGAACAGUUUUACGACAAACUCGCAUAUGUGCAUCUUAAGACAACCACUGUCAUAGAACCAGGAAGAAGGAAGGUGGGAUAGCCCCCCCAAAAAAGAUACCAUCCCAAAUUAGUCGCAGAAUUUUCUCUACAAAAUCAUGGGGCUCUGCUGGUGGACGGUUGAAGUGGUGGUCCUGACGACUGUUUUUAGUUCACUGCUGCUAGUUCGCGCAGAUGAACACGACCACAAGUACACGGAUAAAGAGGAGGUGGUUCUAUGGAUGAACACAGUGGGCCCUUAUCACAACAGACAGGAGACCUAUAAGUACUUCUCCCUACCGUUCUGCGUGGGCACCAAGAAAACUAUUAGUCACUAUCAUGAGACGUUAGGAGAGGCGCUGCAGGGGGUUGAAUUGGAGUUCAGCGGUCUGGACAUCAAGUACAAAGAGGAGGUGCUGCAGACAACCUACUGUGACAUUGAACUUGACAAACCUAAAAGAGAUGCAUUUGUCUAUGCCAUCAAGAACCACUACUGGUACCAAAUGUACAUAGAUGACCUUCCCAUCUGGGGAAUUGUUGGUGAAGCUGACGAGAAUGGUGAGGACUAUUAUCUCUGGACUUACAAAAAGCUGGAGAUUGGACAGAAUGGGAAUAGAAUUGUGGAUGUUAACCUGACCAGCGAGGGGAAGGUCAAGCUUGUGCCAAACACAAGAAUUCCCAUGUCAUACUCGGUGAAGUGGAAGAAAUCUGAUGUGAAAUUUGAGGAUAGAUUUGACAAGUACCUUGAUCCAUCCUUCUUUCAACACCGAAUUCACUGGUUCUCAAUAUUCAACUCUUUCAUGAUGGUGAUUUUCCUGGUUGGCCUUGUUUCAAUGAUCCUGAUGAGGACAUUAAGGAAAGACUACGCCAGAUACAGCAAAGAAGAGGAAAUGGAUGACAUGGAUCGUGAUCUUGGUGAUGAAUAUGGAUGGAAGCAGGUUCAUGGUGAUGUGUUCAGGCCGUCCAGCCAUCCGCUGAUCUUCUCCUCCCUCAUUGGCUCUGGCUGUCAGAUCUUCUCUGUCUCCCUCAUUGUCAUAAUUGUGGCUAUGAUUGAGGACUUGUAUACAGAGAGAGGGUCCAUGCUGAGUACAGCCAUAUUUGUUUAUGCUGCCACAUCUCCAGUCAACGGCUACUUUGGUGGAAGUCUAUAUGCAAAACAAGGAGGGAGGAGAUGGAUAAAACAGAUGUUCAUAGGAGCUUUUCUGAUCCCUGCCAUGGUGUGUGGCACAGCAUUCUUCAUCAACUUCAUCGCUAUCUACUACCAUGCCUCCAGAGCCAUCCCAUUCGGCACCAUGGUUGCAGUGUGCUGCAUCUGUUUCUUUGUAAUUCUACCUCUGAACCUGGUGGGGACAAUUCUGGGAAGGAACCUUUCUGGCCAGCCAAACUUUCCUUGUAGAGUCAAUGCUGUACCCAGACCUAUCCCGGAGAAGAAAUGGUUUAUGGAGCCGGCGGUUAUUGUGUGUCUAGGUGGCAUCCUUCCAUUCGGGUCAAUAUUCAUUGAGAUGUACUUCAUCUUCACAUCUUUCUGGGCCUACAAGAUUUACUAUGUGUAUGGAUUUAUGAUGCUGGUGCUGGUGAUCCUGUGCAUUGUUACAGUCUGUGUGACCAUCGUCUGUACCUACUUUCUUCUCAAUGCAGAAGACUACAGAUGGCAGUGGACAAGCUUUCUCUCUGCAGCGUCAACAGCCGUUUAUGUUUACAUGUACUCCUUCUACUACUAUUUCUUCAAAACAAAGAUGUAUGGCUUAUUUCAGACAUCAUUCUAUUUUGGCUACAUGGCUGUGUUCAGUACUGCACUGGGAAUCAUGUGUGGAGCGGUGGGUUACAUGGGAACAAGUGCCUUUGUGAGGAAGAUCUACACAAAUGUGAAAAUCGACUAGAAACUGUGCAGCGACGCUGCGGAUCAGCCAACACUUCCUCCCGAUCGAAGCGGGCACAAAGUCUCCAUUUAUUUUGCAAGAAGAGAAUAUGGUAUCUUGUAUAAAAUCUAGUUUUCCAUUUUCUCAAUGAAUUAAAAGUUGCAGCAUGAUGCGUACACAAGGGUAAAAUGAGAGGUGUAAUAAACAGGACUUUUUAUUAUUAUUAUUAUUUUUUUUUUUUUUAUCUGCUUUUCAUUUUUCCCUCCAGAGGAAAUGCAGGCAGUAAAUGCAGAUAAAAGGGGAAAGAAGGUACACCACAGCAUUGCUCCUAUUUCUUAGAACUCUAUCCCACCUAAAAACCUUCGAACAGAUCUUUAUUGAUGGAAUAGUCUAGCUCUCUUCAGUGAAGAGGCCAAAGUGUACUGAGAGCCUUUGUUCUAUUAUAUGAGAAUAUUGGAUAGUGGGGUUUACGUCCAUCCUCUUGCUUGUCUGUUUUUGUAUUACAGAGUCAUACAAUGCCAUUGUUGAAGGAUUGUUUUACAUGCUAAUGAAUCACACCAAAAGCAUAAUAAGGUUUGAAAUUCCAAAAUAAUUUUUUUUUAGUCAUAAAUGAAUAGAUAAAUCAAUAUGCUAUGAAGCAGGCAGGUUUUAGCUCUAUCUUUUUGAGGGCAUCUGUUUUCCUGUAGCUCAGAUCCACAGACCAGUCCGGGACAGCUUGGCACAUCAGAUAGAGAUUCUAGUGAGACUAAUGAUCUGAAAUGAUGGUUUGGUGGCAGAUUGUUUUUAAUGGGUUGUGUGAUGUGAUAUUUCUUUUUCCAGUUCAGUCUUAUGUUGUUGUUUGGGUUUGAAUGAAGUCUGCUCGUAAAGAUAAUAUAUGGAUGGGGGUGGCCAUGUAUAUAACCUUAAUAAUGUAACUAGAUGUAGAUCCCAAAUGUAUUUUGGUUGUACAGAUUUAUUAAAGGGUGUCUUCUUUCUUUUUUUGGA